AAUCAUACACAACUCUAAUUUCCAAAACAAAAUUUAUUUAUUUACGAUUUUAUGAAUUAAAUAACAUUAUGGACUUCCAAUCGUUAAUGCAGCAGAUGUACAACAAUGCUGGGUGCAUGCCGAUGAUGAUGCCACCAUCACAGAACGGCUAUGGAUACGGCCAGCAGCAGCAGCAGCAGCAGCCUUUCUGCCCCUUCCCGGUCAACAGCACCGUCGACCAUUUGGAACAGCCGGAAGAAGAUGAUGAGGACGACUUUGAGCAGCGCACUCUGUUCUGCGGCAAUCUGGACGAGCGCGUGUCGGAGGAAAUACUGUACGAGGUGUUUCUACAGGCCGGUCCCAUCGAGGAAGUGCGCAUUCCCACGGACAACACGGGCAGGCAGCGAAACUUUGGCUUCGUCACGUACCAGCACUUGUGCGCGGUGCCCUUCGCCCUUCAGCUGUACCAGGGCCUGGAGCUGUACCAGAAGAAGGUUACCAUUAAGCAGCAGGGCGCCGACAGGGCCAGGCCACAGCAGCAGCAGCAGCAUUCUCCCUCCUUUGGCCCGAAUCGCCUUCGCAAUCCAUUCAUGAUGGAGCCGCCGCCAACGGCCAUGGCCUCGCCUCCCUCACCGCACCAUUCCCGCAACCAGACUCGGCACACCAUGCACGGAGCGAAGCCCUACGACCGCAAACCGGGCGGAAAGAAUGGGGAUCAGCGACGACGCAGCGACAGCUCGGUGAUGGAACGCAACCGGCCGAAGCAACAGCAGCAGCAUCACCAGCACAUGCAGGGCGGUAGCCGGCGUUCGGACCAAAGGCACAACCACAACCAGCGGCGCCUGCUCUGAAAGAUUAUAUACGUUGUAACAAGGUUUUAUUAGUCUUUACGAGAUUAGCUUAAGAACUCCUAGUUAGAAAUGUCGAUUAGCCGCCUAAAACUAUGGUACUCCACCACCUCA